AUGUCACACGCAGCUGAUGAAUUAUGCAUAAAUGAACUAGUUGAACGUAUUCAAGAAUUUCUUUUGUAUAACCCGGAAUUAAUAUUAACAAAUCUCGUUUUAAUUCAUCGAUUUGUUACCGAAUAUGAUCAUUUUACAGAAUUACAAACUUUUUGUCUUAAUACGAUUAAUCAAGAUCCUGCGAUAUUUUUUGAGGCCAAAGAUUUUAUUACGAUAGAUCAAAAUACAUUAUUAUUUAUACUUAAAGCCAGUAAUCUUAUUAUGAAAGAAAUUGAUUUAUGGAAUAAAAUAGUUGAAUGGGGAAUUGCACAAGAUCCUUUACUCUCACAUGAUAUUAAGACGUGGACAUCCGAUCAUUUUUCAACGUUUCGAAACAUAGUACAACCAUUCGUUAAUUGUAUUAAAUUUUCGCUAAUAAGUCAGGAUGAUUUCUUUGAAAAAGUUCGACCUUUUAAUCAAGAAAUUGGGGUAGAAUCAUUAUCAUCAGGAAUCGGAACAUAUAAUUUGAAUAAUGCUAGAUGUUCUAGGGUAAAAGACCCUAAUUGCGCUUUUUAUAAUUGUGCAGAUUCGGGUCCGAGUUUUGGUGGAUCCGAAACAGAUUUACAAUUAUGGGGAAAUUUCAAUGAAGAACGUUAUUCGACUCCUUUUACGCAGCAGACAACCAGGAUGCAACCUAACGAUCCUUCAAUUGUUCAAGGUGGAAAUGAAAUUCCUUCUCCGCCACUAUUAAAUGAUGGCAUCGCAAACGAACAACCACCAAUUAACUUAGUUCAGCAAGGUAUCAUCACGAAUACGGACUCCUUUAGUGCCGACAACAUGCAAAGUUCGGAAGAACAAAUAACUUUUAGGCUUUCGGUCCAAACUCAAGAUGAUGAGCCUUCCGAUAAUUUACUUACUAGUGAUUUUAGUCAAAUUAUGAACACGAACUUAUUUUCCGGGGAUUAUUCGCGACACGGCCAACAAAGUGAUGGUACUGAUUCUAACCCUCAAGUUGAAACGUUGUCCAAAGAAUCUCAAGAAAAAAACAGAGAGAAAAGCAAAUCUACUCAAUCCCAAUCCGAUGAUUCUACAAUUGCUUUCCGAAAAAAACCGAAUUUUGGAAAUGACCUUGACAAGGUUGAUCCCAAAAAAAAUAUUCGUAAAGUUCUUAAAAAUCACAAAUAUUAUUCGAUUGAUUCAAUUGAAAAUGGCAAAGAUUUGGCUGAAUAUAUUCCUGGUAUGUAUCGGUUGUUAGACUUAUACAAAGAUGAUGGUUCGAAUGGACUUGUGGAUAAAAUAAUUAUUUCAAAGGAUUCUUUAAAGAAACUAUGCAACGAUAUGGUUCCGUUAAGUUUCAAGUCUAUUUCUGAAAUUAAUUAUACGAAACUGAAUUCAAUUUCGUUUCGACUUGUUGGGUGUUACGGAAUUCACAAUUUAAUCGUAAAACUUUUGUUCGAGAAAAAUAUUAUCGAUCAACGAAUACGUGAUUUGCUUAUAGCCUCGCAAUCUUCUGUGAACAACGCAAAUAAGCCUUCUUUACGUCCUGGUAUUUAUUUGUUCGUUGUGAAUGCAGAUUUGGGUUUAGUUAUUCAUUGGCCUGAAAUUGGAUGUUAUGAGGAAAAUGCUUCUUCGCAACGUAAAAAGAAUAUGACUAAUCUACAUAGAUAUUUGACAAAGCUUACUGACCAUCAGCUUUGUCUUAUGAGCGAUGAAGACCUGGAAAGUUUCGAUUGGAAAUUAGACAAUUCUGAUAUUGAUUCAGAAGAUGAAGAUGAUGAAUCUCGUUUCGAGUUUGAAGUAAAGAAAAGCCAGGAAGAACAGGAAAACUUCAUAAUCUAUCCCGGUUUCAAGGUGGAUUUGUCUGAAAAAAUAAAAGCUGAAAUAAAUAAUAAUGUUCAAGAUGAUAUACCUUUACAUCCCAUUGUUGUUGAAUCAGCUAAAAACCAAUCGUUCGUUACCAGACAAUUAAUAAAGUCGACUUCUCAAUUACGUCCAAACAUUUUAUUUCUUUCUACAAUUGAAUUUUCACAAGAACUUCAGACUAUACUGCAAGGACGACGUUUACAAAUUAAUCGUGAAAAAAUGAGCAUGAAAUCUUUAGAGAUUUUGAUUAAACACGGAUUAAAAAUGGAAGAUGAACUUUUGGAGCCAUUACAUGAAGCAAUAGAAGCUGCAAGGUUGAAAAGUGAAAUAAAGAAAAAUCAAGAAAAGAAUGCUACAAAGUUUAUUGUCGAAAAUUCCUUCUUUCAGGCAAAUAUAGGUGAUGAGGAAAGGAUUCAUGAUAAAUAUCCUGACAUAGAAAGUCAAAUUAAUGAAAAAAUUAAAAUCAAUUCCAAAGCUUGGCAACAAUUAAAAAGAAGAUACAUUUUAACUACGAUAAUAAUUAAGAAAAUAAUAGAAUCGGCUGGAGAAAACAGUGAAGAAAUUGCAGAAUCUACAAUAGAGAUUUUUAAAAAUAUGUUCACGGAUUCAGAAACUGAUGCACAUAAAUUAGUAAAAAAGUAUACUGAAAAACAACAACCUUGGUAUAAAUUACAAGCUAUUAUUUGGGAUCUUAUCGUUAAGUCUUUCAAUUCUACAAAAAUUAAUCGCGCAAUCGACGAUUCGAUUAAAAUAUCCAAAAAUAUGUUAGAUAAACAAUUUGUACAAGACCUUAAUAGUUCAGCAUUUUUUGGAGAAUUUGAUGAGAUCAAAAAAAAUGUCAUAGAAGCUUUCUUUGAAGAAUACAAAAAAUGGAGAAAUAUCACUUUUCCCAAUAACAUUAAAGAAAUUCUGCCAAAAGUUUCUGAAUUAACAGAAAAGUUAAAUGAAGAAUUUGAGCAAGAGAAACUAGAAAUUGAAACUCAUGAAUUUGAAAGAAUUUGUAAUGUAAUAGAAGAAAAAUAUCAAAAUGGACUUAUGCAGUUGAAUAUACUAAAUAUAGUAACAGAUUCUAAUUAUCCUAAUCGAUUACGAUUCCAACAUGAAAUUGAAACAACGCAGCCAAAUCAGUUGCAGAUAACUAUUUACGAAACUUCAUUAGAUGAAGCAGAUACCUUUCAACUUCAAGAUAAUGGGCUUCACAUUCCAAAUCUAACAUUACCUAUACAAUAUCAAUGUGGCUUCACUUUCCAGAUUGAUCCUGCAAUUUACGAUUUCAGGCAAUUAUUAAUAUUUUUAUAA